GCGAUGUUGACUCGCUUGCCACAGCCGCUCUCCCGAUUGGCUUUUCAUAAGAGAAAGAGAUCAAAGAAAUAAAAAUAUAAAGAAGAUAAAAGCAUUCAGAAAUCAAGUGGGGAAAAUGCAAGCGAGACGGGAGGAACUUUGUGGAGUGAAAGAGGAGCCCCCACGUCAACGACACUCGACUGUGUGCAAACUAAUGCACGCUAAGGUUCUUCACAGACGAGAAGAUCUGUAUGUCAGCCAAGCCCAUUAUCCUGAGCACCCGGAGUCUGCAUGCAUCAAAGAGGAGGAGAAAGAGUCGCCAACUGUCAAAGAGGAGGCAGGGUUCGUACACAUUAAAGGUUUCAGAAACUAUCUUGGUGCUGAGUGGCAGAAGCCACAAUCUCCUGGCAUUAAAGAGGAUGUUGAGCUCCCCCAAAUCAAAGAGGAGGAGCCAAAGUCUUGUCCACAGAAGCAACUUCCAAUCAAAAAGGAGGAGGAAGACCUGCCAUGCGUUAAAGAGGAGGAAGAGGAGGACCAUAUCACCAGGUCAACUGGUGAGCCCUUGGAGAGGGAAGAUGGUCCGAGUGAGGCCAGCAGAGGGGCGGAGCCUCCAAGCGAGGGGAGUAGUAGCAGCUCAACAGAAGAAUUGAAAGCAGACAUUAUCAUCGCUCGGUCAGACAGAAAUGGGGCAACGUCACACUCACCUUGCAAUGCAAUACGAUACAAUGCAAUACAAAAACCUUUUUCCUGCUCAGUUUGUGGGAAAAGAUUCAGUCGCAAGAGCACCUUAAAACAACACACAAGAACCCACAUUGGCGAAAAAUCUUUUUCUUGCUCAGUUUGUGGUCAAAGAUGUAGUUGCAAGAGUUCCUUAAAAAUACACACAAGAAUCCACACUGGCGAAAAACCUUUUUCCUGCUCAGUUUGUGGUCAAAGAUUCAGUCGCAAGAGCACCUUAAAACGACACACAAGAACCCACACUGGCGAAAAACCUUUUUCCUGCUCAGUUUGUGGUCAAGGAUGCAGUUGCAAGAGUUCCUUAAAAAUACACACAAGAAUCCACACUGGCGAAAAACCUUUUUCCUGCUCUGUUUGUGGUCAAGGAUUCGCUGAAAAAGGAACCUUAAAAAGACACAAAAGAACCCACACUGAUGAAAAACCUUUUUCCUGCUCAGUUUGUGGUCAAAGAUUCCGUCUCAAGAGCACCUUAAAACAACACACAAGAACCCACAUUGGCGAAAAGUCUUUUUCUUGCUCAGUUUGUGGUCAAAGAUGUAGUUGCGAGAGUUCCUUAAAAAUACACACAAGAAUCCACACUGGCGAAAAACCUUUUUCCUGCUCAGUUUGUGGUCAAAGAUUCAGUCGCAAGAGCACCUUAAAACGACACACAGGAACCCACACUGGCGAAAAACCUUUUUCCUGCUCAGUUUGUGGUCAAGGAUGCAGUUGCAAGAGUUCCUUAAAAAUACACACAAGAAUCCACACUGGCGAAAAACCUUUUUCCUGCUCUGUUUGUGGUCAAGGAUUCGCUGAAAAAGGAACCUUAAAAAGACACAAAAGAACCCACACUGGCGAAAAACCUUUUUCCUGCUCAGUUUGUGGUCAAAGAUUCAGUUGCAGGAGCACCUUAAAAAAACACACAAGAACCCACACUGGUGAAAAACCUUUUUCCUGCUCAGUUUGUGGUCAAGGAUGCAGUUGCAAGAGUUCCUUAAAAAUACACACAAGAAUCCACACUGGCGAAAAACCUUUUUCCUGCUCAGUUUGUGAUCAACGAUUCACUCGGAAGCAAGACUUAAAACGACACACAAGAACCCACACUGGUGAAAAACCUUUUUCCUGCUCAGUUUGUGGUCAAAAAAGCAGUUGCAAGAGUUCCUUAAAAAUACACACAAGAAUCCACACUGGCGAAAAACCUUUUUCAUGCUCAGUUUGUGAUUAAAGAUUCACUCGGAAGCAAGACUUAAAACAACACACAAGAACCCACACUGGUGAAAAAUCUUUUUCUUGCUCAGUUUGUGGUCAAGGAUGCAGUUGCAAGAGUUCCUUAAAAAUACACACAAGAACCCACACUGACGAAAAACCUUUUUCCUGCUCAGUUUGUGGUCAAAGAUUCAUUCAGAAGGAUUGGAUGAAGAGACACUUGUGUGUUGAAGUGAGAAGCAGUGGCCAAAGACUGUUUUGCCUGUCAUCCAUGUUGGCUUUAUCAGAUUUUGUGCACGUAGGAUGAUUGUAUUCCAUAGAGCUUCCUUAAAUCUUGUUGAGCAUUGGUACUUUUGGUGCCUUGCUUUGUCCAAUUGUUGUAUGAUGUACUAUAUAUCCACCCUAUUCCCAAAACCUCAGCUGAUUGAACUCUAUCAAGUUUGUAAUGUUUGUGUGCCUUCUCAGUGGUCUUUCUUUUCAUUCCAGCAUAUUAUUCAGCUAGAUGGGCGGGGCUGUGCUGUGGCGCAUUAGGAGCGCUCAUUAUUUAAAGACACUGUCACUAUAUGCAAGUGUCGGACUAUUGCUUAGUUAGUUUUACUUUACUUGUUUACUUUGUUUUUUUGCCUUUUCUGGUCAUCGACAUCUUCCCCUUGGUUUCCUUGCCG